AGUCCCGCUCGGUCCUCCUCACCCAGCACCCUCGUGCUCCCCGGGUCCGCGCCGUCCGUCGCGUCCACCAGGUCCUCACUGCUCCUUGCCGGCCGGCCCGCCCCCCCACCGCAGCCAUGGACGCCAUCAAGAAGAAGAUGCAGAUGCUGAAGCUGGACAAGGAGAACGCCAUCGACCGAGCCGAGCAGGCCGAGGCCGACAAGAAGCAAGCCGAGGACCGCUGCAAGCAGCUGGAGGAGGAGCAGCAAGCCCUCCAGAAGAAGCUGAAAGGGACUGAGGACGAGGUGGAGAAGUACUCCGAGUCCGUGAAGGACGCCCAGGAGAAGCUCGAACAGGCUGAGAAGAAGGCCACGGAUGCUGAAGCAGAUGUGGCCUCUCUGAACCGCCGCAUCCAGCUGGUAGAGGAAGAGCUGGACCGGGCACAAGAGCGCCUGGCCACUGCCCUCCAGAAGCUGGAGGAGGCUGAGAAGGCAGCCGACGAGAGCGAGAGAGGGAUGAAAGUCAUCGAGAACAGGGCCAUGAAGGAUGAGGAGAAGAUGGAACUGCAGGAGAUGCAGCUGAAGGAGGCCAAACACAUCGCCGAGGACUCGGACCGCAAAUAUGAGGAGGUGGCCAGGAAGCUGGUGAUCCUGGAAGGAGAGCUGGAGCGCUCGGAAGAGAGAGCUGAAGUGGCCGAGAGUAAAUGUGGGGACCUAGAGGAGGAGCUGAAAAUUGUUACCAACAACUUGAAAUCCCUGGAAGCCCAAGCCGACAAGUACUCCACCAAAGAGGACAAAUACGAAGAGGAGAUCAAGCUGCUGGAGGAGAAGCUGAAGGAAGCUGAGACCCGGGCAGAGUUUGCAGAGAGGUCUGUGGCAAAGCUGGAGAAAACCAUCGACGACCUGGAAGAUGAAGUCUAUGCACAGAAGAUGAAGUACAAGGCCAUCAGCGAGGAGCUGGACAACGCACUCAACGACAUCACCUCCCUCUGAGUCCACCCCAGUGUGGCUGCCUUGGCCCCCCUUUCCCCUCUCUUUCCACUCUCUUGGGGGAGGGGAGGCAGGCAGAAGGAGCAUAGUUUCGCCAAGGUGGCACAAUCAGGCUGGGAGCGGCCUGUGGAGUAACCCCACAUACCCCCUGACCCCACAUACCCUGGCAUUAGCUUCACCCUACUUUCUCUCUGCUGCCCCUGCACCUGCUGGCCUCCACCUCUUCUGCUGCUUUAAUAAACUCUGAACUUGGUCUCCAUGCUCUUUUCCUGUCACCCAGAGCACCACUUGACUCUUGCCACCCCAGCCCUUACCGACAGCCCAUGCCUGUCACAAGCACCCUGCCCUACACUGGGCCCUCUCACCACAUCCCAAGGCUCACACUGUGACCCCUGUGCACGCACCCCCAGACUCACUCUGACUGUCACUGCUGCAUGUGGGCAUGGGUGGCCUCGCCAAGCACCACACUGACACCACCCCAUCAUGUGUCCAUCACUGGCCUUGGAGCACUCAGCUGCAGUGCCAGGAUGUGGCAGAAAAGACUGGCAAGGAAGUUGUGUGGUGAGGUGCCAGGGAGUGGGGAGGCAGCAGGAAGGUGGAAA